AUGAGCAACUACGGCGACUACAACAACAACAACUCUGGACAGCAGAACGAGGAGGAGGGCGAGCGCGGCAUCGGCAGCUUCUUCGGCCUGGGUGGUGACAAGAACAAGAACCAGCAGCAGUAUGGCCAGCCCCAGAACACUGGCAGCUUCAGCUCGCAGCACUCCGGCCCUGCUCAGUCCCAGUACGGUCAGCAGCAGUAUGGCCAGCAGCAGCAGCAUGGCCAGCAGCAGUACGGUCAGCAGCAGCAGCAUGGCCAGCAGCAGUACGGUCAGCAGCAGCAGCAUGGCCAGCAGCAGUACGGUCAGCAGCAGCACGGUGCUGGUCAGUCCCAAUACAGUUCUGGUCAGUCCCAGUACGCCAACAACCCCUACGGCAACAACGCGCCCGGCGGCAACUUCUCCCAGGAGGAGAUCAAGAAGAACGAGAAGAACUCUAUCAUCAAGGACUACGGCAAGAAGGCCGGUAUUGCCGCCCUCGGUGCCGCCGCCAUUGGUGCUGUCGCCUACGGUAUCCACGAGUACCGCGAGGAUGGCAACAGCAGCAGCGACGAGGAGAGCAACAACAAGAAGCGCAGAGAGGAGGAAGAGAAGAAGAAGCAACAGCAGUCGCAGCACUACGGCGGUGGAUACACUUCGCCCAGCACUGACUCUGCCUACGGCGGCAGCCACCACCAGCAGAAGCCCCAGUCGCCUCCUCCCCAGCAGCAGCACUCAAACGACUCCGGCAGCGGCUUCUGCCCUCCGGCUCCCCUCGGCCGUCCUCCUUACUCCUUUGACCAAAACGAUGUGCGUAACGCCGACCCCUCGCGCUGCUCGCAGAACUCGCCGACCCCGCACGAGUACCCCCAGCUGCACCACACCGGCGGCGACAACAAGGUCAAGUUUGGCAGCAUCAUUGCGCUCAAGCAUAACAUGACCGGCCGCUUCCUGCACACCGACCGCUCGCACAGCACCCAGACCGGCUCCAACCAGCAGAUGGUCUUUGGUUACCGCUGGAACACCGACGAGAACGACUUCUGGCAGGUUCUCCCUGCCAACCAUGAUGUCCCCGUUCCCGGCGCCAACAUUUCCUUUGGCACACAGAUCCGUCUGAGACAUGUGCAGACUGGCACCCACCUGCACUCGCACUAUAACUUCCGCGACCCGAAGUGCGGCCAGAAUGAGACUACCGCUUAUGGUGAUUCGAUGAACUCGGAUGAGAACGAUCACUGGGUUGUGGAGCGCUGGGGUAAUGGCGCCUAUGGCCAGGUUUGGGAUGCCAGUGAGGUGAUUGUGCUCCGCCACUAUGUCAGUGGAAUGGCCCUGCACUCGCACGAUAUUCUCUUCUCGGAGGAUGUCCAGUCGGUCACUUGCUUCGGCCAGGGUAAUGAGGAGAACGACAAGUGGCGUGUCCAGUGGGAGUAA